CUCGAUUCCCCCGGCUUCGUCCUUUUCCCUAAAUACGGCGACAAUCAACAGUUUCAAGUGAGCAUUAUCAAGAUGGAAAGCCCAGCUGGGAUCACUUUCAUAGAUGAACAAUCGGAAUUGAAGAGACGGGGGUUUCUGAGCUCACUGUUCACCUGGCUUGCGUGGUCACGAAAGACCCUCGAGACUAUCAAGAGAGAGAAGUCUCUCAAUUAUACGCGUGUCGGUGAAGCUCGAGUUAAUGCCUCCAAUUAUCAUGUGUACCCAACUGAAAACGCCAAGACCAAGUCUAGAAAGAUCAAGACACACCAAGAACCCCGCUCUGUGCCUGGAGAGAGCGAUAACCAUCAAGUAUCCAAAGUCCGUGGUGACCCGUUGCCCUCCUCUUCUUCUCUGAUCGACGGAACACAUCAGCUUUCGCGACUAGUUGAGUUCGCACUGCAAGACCAGCCUCCCCCAAAGGAUGCCCUCUAUAGAAGACCCAAUAAGUUGACAAAAAGUCCGACUGGACCAUCUGUUCAAUGGCCAGAGGAUAGAGCCGAUGCUGCCACAUCUUCGGACCCGACUUUAAGUCCAGAUAUUCGGCUAGUACCAUUAGAAGAAAAAUAUGGCUGGAAAUAUGGACAUCAAGUAUACGGGUCAUCUGACGAAGAGCCUCUUAUAGUGUGUAACAUCCUCGGACACGGGUCUUUGGGCAUCGUGGAAGAAGUUAAAAUCAAAGGAGGCGCCUUGCCCACUUUUGUCCGUAAACGCGUUCAGCUCCCUGUAAAUCGGCGUCGAGCAACCCUAAAGGUUAUUCAGGAAGAGGCUAAGGCCCUGGAAAGCCUCACACAUCCCCACAUUGUAACCAUGCUCGGAUCAUACGAGGUUUCCAAACAGAACAGUCGGUAUUUCUACUGCCUGCUAAUGUCGCCUGUCGGAGACAACGAUCUUAAAAACUUUUUGGACACUGCGGGAGAGGGGGAGCCGGUAGAACUUGAGUGGAAAGUCUGGGUUUGGAAAUGGUUUGGCUGCCUUGUAUCUGCGCUAGCAUACAUGCACAAUGAAGGCAUUCGACACCAGGACAUCAAACCGUCGAACAUCAUCCAUAGAGGAAGCGACAUAUUCUUCACGGACUUCAGCUCUUCUUGCCGUUUUGAGGUAGGACGCACCACUUCUACCGAAGAUCCAUCUCGCUCCUCGCCGAUGUACAGCGCUCCAGAAGUCGUGGAAAGAUUUUCCGAGACUGGUGCUCUUCGUAAACAUGGACGUGGAUCGGACAUCUUCGCAUUGGGUUGUGUAUAUUGUGACAUGCUCUCCGUGCUCUACGGAAGACCAGUCUCGGCUUUCCACCAGUUUCUGCGGGCAGAAGCUGUUGUUUGGGGCCCAUCUGGACCCAGUGCUGCGGCUGUAGGGGAUAUCCUCUACAGCAGAAAAAUUGACUUCAUACACAAAUGGAUUACACCAUCACCCUUUUUCGAUGCAAUUAUUGCGCCAAUGUUAGCAGAGGAUAGAGCAUUGAGGCCAAGCGCAGCCGAGGUUCGGGAAAAGUUUUUGCUGGAACAAUCACGGCCACCAGUUUAUUGUAGUUGUAUGACCGACCACACAGUCCCCAUUUUGGUCCAGGAAUUCGAUGAGGCAGCGGAACAUCCCGUCAUUGAACCUACUGAGAGGAAUUGAAUACUUUCGUGGCGGAGCUGAAAAUAAACCCCCAGAUCGUGCCCGAUAUUCCCGUACAGUAGCGACUACACAAAGUUAUAUGAUAUGUUCUGCUACGGCAAGUAUCAUAUAACGCACAACAUGACCAGGGUUGACUCUAUCUAUUAAAACUCUUGCUAUAAUCGGGGAAAACAUCAGCACGAUGUAAAUUUCUCUCCUAUAUUAACCCUAGCCUGUUCUAUAUUAGGCGAUAAGAUGCAGCGUAUGUUCGUGACAGAGCCUCAGCUGAUUAUCUUGGUCUAGGGAAUAUCCUGCAAACGAAGUUUUCGUGACUGGUACAUUUAAUGAUUAGACAUUCUCUGUGUGGCUGCAUGACAGAGCG